AUGCCUCUCAAAUAUGAUCCCGACUUCUUUGAAGUUCUGAAACCGCUUUUGCCCACUUUGUCGCAAGUACCACCACUGGCGGCGCACGACAUCGAUGGCCGUCGCCAACGGCAUGAAGCACAAAUUGCACAAUCCAAUAUCCCAGAAGCCCCUGGAGUUGCUAUUGAGGAAUUGAAAUUUCAAUCGUUCGAUGGAGCUCUUAUCACAAUUCUUCGAGUCUACCCCACGGAAGAAUUCGCCAACGGCAAAAUUACUCCAGCAUAUCUCCACGCUCACGGAGGAGGAAUGAUGUUCGGCGCGGCAAGAAAUUACAUAAAUGCUCAGGCGCACACUGUUGCGGCUACGCGAAUCCCCAUGUUCUCAGUAGAUUAUCGCAAAGCACCUGAGCAUCCCUACCCGACUCCCAUACAAGAUGCGUAUGCGGCCUUGUUAUGGAUCCAAGAGCAUGCUUCUACUUUCAACAUUGAUCCAUCACGUAUCGGCGUUACCGGAGAGUCGUCUGGAGCUGGCUUGGCAGCUGGGGUGGCCAUUAUGGCUCGCGACAAAGGGCUCUCCCCUCCCCUUCGUAAGCAGGUGCUCAUCUAUCCGAUGCUGGACGAUAGAAAUACCACUCCUCUUCCGGAUGUGGAGCAAAUGGCAUUUUGGAAAGUUGACGAUAAUCUAACCGGGUGGACUGCUCUUCUUGGAGAGCAUAUUGGUAAAAAAGACGUCUCGCCCUAUGCCGCUCCCGCACGGUUAACUUCGGCGGAAGGGUUGCCCCCGAUUUAUGCAGACGUUGGAGAUCUGGACAUAUUCAAAUUCGAAAUCAUCGACUACGUGCAGAAAUUUGUCAAGGCUGGUAUCAGUGCAGAGUUUCAUCUGUAUCCUGGACUUCCACAUGGCUGGGAGGGCUUGGCUCCAAUGAUACCAGCCACUAUGAGAGCGGCAGCGAAUCGGAACCGGGCAUUACUUGAUAUAUGA